AUGACUCAGCAAGACACCCACAUGGUGGAAACGGAGCUCCUGGAGGACUUUUUGUUCGCAGGGACCGAGUCUGGAAACGCCAGCUACUCGCUUGGCGACGACGCCGAAAAAGCUCCGGACGACGACUUGUUCAGCACUUUCAUCAACACCGAAAUGCUGCAACAGCCCUCCAACUACACUAUCCACUCCCAGCAAGCCCCCAUGUCGUCUACAUCGUCGCUGAUGCCUCGAUUGGGCUCGCCAGACCUCUUGGACGGUAUCACCGAGGCAGAGUCCCACAAAAGCAAGAAGUCUGUGAGUCCCUUGGAGCCCCUGCCCGUCAUGAACUCCAGCGGUGGUACGCAGAUGAGCCAUUCUGACGACCAGGUCCGUUAUCAGACCCAGACUGAACUUCCCGACGUCAGUUUGGAUUCUGCCGCAGCUGCCUCGGAACACCAGCCCAUGAGCUAUAGCCAGGGUUGCGAGCGCUUGGUGGAUCACACUUUGCAAUUUGGGAGAACAAAAGCCAUCCAGUCAGUAUACCUCAACUCCACUGACUUUUUGAGCAUCCAAGAAGAUACAUUGCCCUACAAACUCGAAAUCUCUGGAAUGCCCUCGACAUCGCGUGUUGAGACCCAAAUCAAGCUAGAAUUAGCCAUUUCACCUCCCCCACGCGAAUACAUUUUUCAUUUGCCCACCGACUGCAUCACUAAACAAAAAUGGUACUUGGAGGAUGACAUCAGCACUUACCCAAACCAAAUGCAGAAGGAAAUGUUAUACCUUGAAAGUUUCUUGAUUUGCGCAUCAAAUGGGAAGCCCACGUACGUUUGCAGUCGAUGUGUGAAACGUGAACAGCGCAGAGCGUCCAGACGUAAAUCCGGACUCUGUGACAACAUGCUUUGGUGUAACAACGAAAACAGACGUGCUGUUGUUUUUAACAGUAGGCAAGUUUUCUCCAUCAAAGACCACAAUUGCAAUGAUCAGUCUAAGUCUUUUGACCUCUCAACGAGAAUUGUCUGUUAUUGCCGGCAUCACAAAGAGCCAGAAGGUUUUAAGAUAAUGUUCAUCUUAAGAAACUUCAAUCAGGACGUUCUCGCAAAAAGCGUCACAGGUCCCAUUAUGAUUAUGGACAAGAAAUCUAACAAAGAAACAUCAGCCAAUGUGUCUCGUCAAGAUUCUGUCAUUGAUUUGAACAACACAACAGACGGAUCCAGAAGUGAGCGAAGCGAGGUUCCUCAUGUCACGUCCACAAGCGACCUCAGCGGUAUGGAAAACUACGAUUCAAGAGACGAAUUGGUUAAUCUAGCCAUUAAAGGAGAGCAGAUGCUAUCCCCGACCUCCAUGGGAGGCGACAGUUCCGAGGCUCACGCUACCGAUGCUAAUGCUGCUGAUUCUCAAUCUAGGAGUGCAGCCCAGUCUUCAUCCUCAAGAACUGACAAGACUUCAGGCUACAAGCGGAAAAGAAUAUCAGAGGAUUACAGACAUCGCCCUAACUUUUCCAUCCACGAUUUUGUGAAACCUUUGCCGGUCUCUAAUUUCGGGAACUCUUUAUCCACAUCAUCAUCCAGUCAAUCGAUACCUCAGCUUCAACAUGCCGCAAACCCAACGGCGUCUUUAAUGACUGCUACAAACAGUAUGCUGCGAGAAAUCUCGGAUUUGAACGACGCUUCUCAUGUACCUCGUCCUUUUAUUCAUCGUGUCAUUCCUGCCCAGGGCCCAGUAAAAGGCGGAAUUGAAAUAACGCUUUUGGGAUCUAACUUUAAACCAGGCAUGAUAGUGAAAUUUGGCGAGAACCGGGCACUGUCGACCCAAUGUUGGUCGGAAUCUACCCUUGUGACGUAUUUGCCACCUUCUUCAAAAGCCGGAGAAGUUUUAGUAACUGUUUUCGAGAAAGAAGAUCAGCACACUGAACUACUGGGAACAAUGUCCAGUAGCAAAGCCAUAUUCACUUACGUGGAUGACACCGACAGGCAACUCAUUGAACUAGCACUACAGAUUGUUGGUUUAAAGAUGAACGGGAAGCUAGAAGACGCACGGAAUAUCGCUAAGCGCAUUGUUGGUCAUGAUAGCGGCUCCUCGAGCAAUUCGCCAAACUCUAAUACUGCCAAUGCACCUCAAAAUAGUUACAACAACGGCCCUAGUCAAGUACUCUUCUCUGAUGAAUCUUUGCUGUUGAGAGUGCUCAAGUUAUUAAAUUCCAGCUCCAAUUUAUCGAUGUGUGAUGAGGAGGGUCAAACCAUGCUCCAUCUUGCAUGCUUAAAGGGUUAUUAUCAAUUCGUGUUGGCCUUAGUAAGAAAAGGUGCUCGUGUAGAAGCCAAAGACUCCUUUGGUUUCUCACCUCUACACUUUGCGUGUUUGAAUGGUGAUGUUCGGAUCAUUAAGUUGCUAGUGCAAUGCAAAGCUAAUGUCCAAUCCGAGGCCAUGAAUGGCACGAGUCCUCGCGACCUGUUCAUCGCUAAUCAUGACACAGAUGAUGAAAGGUACGAAGAUUACUUGAAUGAGGUUUUAGAUGCUUUGGAUAUUGAUGUGAGCAGUGAAGAGCACUCGACAAGCAUGGGUAGAAAGCUUUCGGAUAGCAGCUUCCAUUCUAGCGUAUUUGAUGCAGGGUCGUUAGCAUCUUUGAAUGAUAAUUUGCAAGUGCAUAUCUCCAAAAUGACUGAGGACACUUUGUCUGAUGAUGACGACGACCUUGAUGAUUAUGAGGAGGACGGAGAUGAAGGUCUUCUGCAGGAUGAUGAAGAGUCUGUACAUGUCGAUCGCAAUACCACAUCGCGCGAAGUUUCUCCCACUGUAUCACACAACCAUCCAAACUCAAUAAGCAGUAACCACCACAAUAACACGACAGAAAACUCGAUAUGGAAUCGUAUGUUGACUGCGUUGAACGAUGAGCUUCCCAAGUACGACGAUCUUUUCCCAAUUCCUGGUAAAGAGAAGCAUAUUCGUGCGCUAGAGUCCACGCCAGGUCCGGAGCAAUUAACAACCAUGCCCUCGAGUGCUGUGGAAGAUUCUCAAACGUCUUCUGAAGAUGAAGAGGAUGCCCUUCAGGCACGUCUCAAUAGAUUUUUCCAGCAAAGACAAAACUUCCAAAACGAUAAGAUGCUUCUAUUUUUCUGGCUGCCCCUAACCAUUAUCCUACUUUCCUCGUUUCUCAUUAUCGAGUUUGGACACGAUGGUAACAGAAUACACCACUGGUCAGAGGCUGUUUCGGAAUACUUAAGGGUGGGCUUAGCCAAAGUUAUGCUGGGAAAUGAACGAGUAAAGGGAGCAUUCAAGGGCUCUUUGUACAGUCUUCAAGCAGGUAUAGUCGAGGGAACGAGCUAG